UUGAAUUUUGAAUACCAAUAUUAAAGAAAAUUGCUUAAAACUUAUAUUCGUAAUACAUAAUAAUUCGUACUUAUCCUAAGGAAAGUUAUAGAUAUAACAAUAGUUUGUAGCAGAAGUAAAAUAAUUGUGUAUAAAGAACAAAUUCGAAACAUUUUUAAAGACAUAAUGUUGAUAAGAGUCUAUGUUAUAUUUAUGGUAGGUGUUGGCAGGAAGAUGGAAGAGAUAUUAAUUAACUCCAAGGAUUGUGUAUACAUUGAAUCUUACUAGAGAAUUACCCGAACAUAUUGUUGCGGAAUAUGUUGGAACGUAACAUUGCUAUAUCUAUCGUGAAGAUGAUAGCUAGAAGAAUACGAAACAGGACAGUGACAUUCUUUCUACAUUUGAUACACGUGUGCAAUAAAUAUUCUUUACAAUCAACAAUAUGGGCGCUGGUACUGAUGGCGUUGGUGGGAACCGUGAUGAUAAGUUCUUCGCUCGAUCGUAGAUCUCAACUUAUUAUGGAACAGAUUCAAAGUGCAGAAUUACAAGACCAGUUCAAAAAGAUCACAACAACCACUAAAAAGCCAAAACCAUUUAACCCCUUUAUCAUCCCUAAAAAGCCCGUACAUGAUAUCUUGAGAGGCAAUGGCAAAACCGAGCCACAACACAAACGAUAUUUAAUCAACUGGUACAACGCUCCACCGUACCUGAAGUUCAGACAAGAUGCGCUGAAUUGUGGAUUUGAAAAAUGUCAAUACAAGAAUUGCAACAUUACUUUUGAACGAAAAGAUAGACCUAAAAGUGACGCUGUUCUUUUUGACGGAAGAUGGGUGUUUGAAAAAGUCGGCUUUGUGCGACCUCCUGGUCAAGUUUGGGUUUUUGCGGCACAUGAAGCCCCGGUGACUUUUGAGGAUCUAGGAGGGUGGUGGAAGAAGCCACAGUGGCGGUAUGGCUUCAACUGGACCAUGACAUAUGAUAAAGACAAUACCGACAUAUAUCUACCUUAUGGGGAAAUACGGAAGUAUCCAAACUACGUUAAUCGGGAUUAUAAAGCAAUUGCAUCAUAUAAGACACAUGGAGCUCUGAUGAUCAAUUCCCAUUGCAACACAUCCUCAUACAGAGAAAUAUAUGUGCAAAAGUUGAGUAAAUAUGUACCCAUAGACAUUCUUGGGAAAUGUGGAAAACCAUGGAAUUGUGGUACACAUUACGUACACGACGAUUGUUUCAAUCUGUUAAACACAACAUACAAGUUUUUUUUAGCUUUUGAAAAUACAUUUUGUAAUCAGUAUUUUUCAGAGAAGGUUUAUGAAAACUUUAAUUAUGACAUCAUUCUUAUCGUAAGGGGCGGAAGUUAUAGAGAAGCGCUCUCUGCCUUUCCAAAAGGUACCCUGAUAACAACAGAUUCAUUUAAGACUAUAGAAGGAUUAGGCAAAUAUCUAGGAAAGUUGUCAUGGUCCAUGAACGAUUACGUGGAAAUGUUAAAACGGAAGAGUCAGUAUUAUUCGCCAGGCUACACGGCAGUGUAUCAACGCGCAAUGUGUGACCUGUGUGAGCGCAUGAACAAUCAAGAAAAAUAUCAUAAAAUUAUACCAGACAUUGUACACUGGGCAUAUCACAAAAACCCAUGUAGAAAUGUUACUGAUCUCAAAUGAUUACUAUCGUUAUAUAAUUUCAUGUGAAUCAUAAAAUAAAUAUUUGUAAAUGG